AAGAGCUGAAGGAGAAUGACGAAGGUGGUAGUUGUGAAGGCGGAGGAGAGUCGGGCCUGCUCCCAGCAGUCGCCCGAGCUGGCGUUCAUCGCCGCUUCCCCGGAGAUGCUGGAAGAGUUUCUGGUCGAUGUGGCGAAAGAGAAUGAAAAUAACCUGUUGAAACUCUCCCAGCAUGCGGGAAGUUUCAAAAAGUUACGAUUGAUAGAAUUUGUUUUCCUUCUCUGUGAUCGACUGGGCCUUCAUCAGGUAACCAGAUACCAAGCAGUGGAAAUUCUGGACAGGUUUAUGAUUCAAUACAUUGAUAAACUGUAUUCAUCUACAUGCCCGGGUUCUGACAAAGACACAGAAAAAUUUGACUGGACACUAAUGCAGAUUACAAUCCAAGAACAUUUUGUGCUACGAAUCAUGUCUUGUGUUCAAAUAGCAAGCAAGAUCUCAUUCCAUUACCAGAUUGUUAAUAAUAGUAUGGCCCUUAAAUUUCUUCAGUCUCUUGGUUACUCAUACAAAAGGGAAGAUCUUCUGGAUUCAGAGCUCCUUGUCCUCAAAACUCUGAGUUUUCGAGUCAAUGUUCCCUCCCCUUUCACUCACACUGAACUACUAUUAGAAGUCAUGGGGUAUAAUGAUCCAUCAGUUCCAGUUAAGCAUCUGCACAGUAUUUCUCUGAAGGUGCUAACAUUUGUUUACCUAAUGAGGAACACUAUCUAUGAAAACUUAUUAAAAAUUGCUAUUGAAAAUUCUACACCCACUGAACUCCAGAGAGCAAAAUUUUUGUCCGUAAAGGAAGACUGCAUGCUUCUAGCUGUUGGGGUUAUUGGAACAAGUGCAUUUAUACUGAACUAUACACCGUGGUGCAAGGUUGUGCAGCAACUUGCCUCAAUUAGUGGUGUAACAGAAGAAAGUAUCUCGGAGUUUUCUCAAGUAAUAUUAAAACACAUUUUUCCAGGAGCAAACAAUUUGAAAUAA